CUUGCCAUGGUCUCUGCUGACACCUCGCAUCCCUGGGCCGACGGACCCUGGUCUUUAAUCGAGACCCCUUCAAGAACUAAAGACGUGACCAAACAUGCCGCCAUCUACAUCGCCAACGAAAUGGCCUUUGCCCACAACGCAAUGCUACGCGGAUUAAAUAGCAUCUACUUACAAGCUCAUCACGUCUCACAACCCAGGGACAUCGCCGACUUCCUCUCCUUCAUCCACGCCUGGACCGGGUGGGUUUCCCACCACCAUAAAAUGGAAGAAGAAUCCAUGUUCCCCCGCUUCGAGGAAAUUAUGAACAAGCCACAUGCCCUAGAGGGUAAUGUCCAGCAGCACCACACAUUUCAGCCGGCCCUAAACCGGCUCGUGGCCUAUAGUGCUGAGACUAAGCCGGCUGAUUACCAGGCUGGAAUUGUGCGGGAGCUGGUUGAGGAGCUUGCACCGAGUUUUCGUGAGCAUCUUAGUGAUGAGAUUACCAGCCUGCUUGCAAUGGAGCCUUAUGAUACUGCUGCCCUGCUCAAAGUGUACAGAGAAUGCGAGGCUGAGGCUGGGAAACAGGAUAAGCAUAUAGUACCGCCAAUGGUCCUCGGCCUACGCGACAUCACAUUUGAAGGAGGGAAUAAUUGGCCAGUGAUACCGAUGUCAAGCUUAUCCAUUCCGAUUAUCAGGUACGUAUUCGCUCGGAAACACGCCGGGUCGUGGCGAUUUCUACCAUGUGAUACUUGGGGUAAGCCGCGCCCAUUACCCUUUGCUUCCGAGAGAUAGGGUGAACCGAAUAACAUUUGGUUUUGGCAUGAGAAGUGAAGUCCCUGGAAUUGACGUGGGUGGUUAUUGAUGAGGCUUUUAAUAUAAAGUGCUGGCAAUGAUAGAUAUAUUAACUCCAGUCUAUAUUCACCAUCUGGUCUAUCAAUAACAACACACAAGUAACAGAACUGAGAAAAAAAAAAAUCAGCUCCUUUAAUAAUAAACAGCUAUGUAUCAAUGCGGAGACACAAAUUUAUAAGAAAAUUAAAUCUCCUCGA